GAAUAAUUAAAACGAUCACAAUAGUUUCAUCAGUAGAACGCUAAAGUGAAUAUACAUUAUUUGUUACUAUUGUUAUUAUAAAAUGUCGGGUAAUUUAUUUGAUUAGCAUGGACAGCCAUAAAUUACUGGAAAUUUUAUAUUUUACAAAAAUAACUGACUUGAUUUUAAACUAGACUUAUCCUCACACAUUUUGGUCAGUUAAGCUUUUAUUUGUCGCCAAAUUUGAAUAAUCUCUACACUUAAUAAGUUCUUACGCUUUCCUGUAUAUCGACGGAAUUUAAGCGCUCCACUCCUUUUUGAAAAAAGUAUUACCAUGAAAAAAAUUAAAUAAAAUUUUAGUAACUUACGUUUAAACCCGAUCAGAUUUAAACAUAAAAAUUAGCAAAUACACAAUCUAUCCCUAAUAUUACUGUAUUUGAAAAUGUUUAAUUUUAGGGUGCAGUAAAAAGAAUCCUCUUAAUCUUGCAUUGAAACAAAUGUCUCCGUAUAACAAUUGAUUAUUUAGUUAAUUAUAUUGGCUAACAGAGUAAUAAUUGUAAAUAUAUUAACUCGUGUCUGUACCGAGAGGUAUCAAUAUAAAGUAUUAAUCGGAUGUAUUAAAUUUAGUUCUUACUGUGCAAUUGUUGAUAACGGUGUGUGAAACUUAACAGAUUAUAAUGAUCUUCUUGGGACUAGCAAUAUUCAUAUUUGGAUCUUUUGUUCAAGUUUCAGGGCAAAAUGUUUUACAUUGUUAUGAAUGUACCCCCAAUAUAGACUGCGCAAAUCAUUCAGUCGUUCCAAGCAACAAUUGCUAUGAACAACUUGGCGAUUUUACGGACGGAAUUUCAGUUACUUGCUAUUCAACAUUUCUAAACUACACUGGUGUUACAGAUCUUGUAGGAAAUCCUAGAGAUUCAGAAACCGGAAUCUAUAGGGACUGUGGAAUCAUACCCGACUAUAUGGGUGAUUAUUGCGAAUGGUUUAUAGGAGAAUUGGGACUGUUUAAUAUUACGGUGGAAUCAUGCAAGUCUUGCAAUACAUCUUUCUGCAAUAAUCAUGUGUUCAAUGAGAUUGAUGGUUCAAUAGUAGUAACUGAGGAUGACAGUGGUUCUUAUAUAACAACACUGUCUUUGAUUUUACUUAUAUCCGGCAUAACAAUGACAAAGUUUGUUUAAUAAAGGAAUGUUUGGGUGUUAAAGACCCUUUCUAGAUAUA